GGGACGUCAGUUCAUUCAGAACAGUCGAAGUGCGCAGACCACUGGGAUCCAAACACCGGCAGAAACCAGGCCAGGAGUCGAAGUCGACCUCCCACCUCCAGCCAGAUCCGAAUCCUAUUUGGGACACCACCAGCUAGAGCCAAGUCAAGUGCCGUUUGCCGUAAACAUGCCACGCAUCUCGUUGCCCGGCAGCAGCCUGCUGGUAGUCCUGGCACUGAUCCUGUGCCUCAGCCUUCCAAUCCGGGCGGUGCCCACCUCCGUGCUCGCCCAAGACACGGAGCUCUCCACCAGCGCCAACCACAAGCUCCAGCAGCAGCAGCAACAGCAGCAGCAGCAUCACCAGCAGCAGCAGCUCCAGCAGCAGCAGCAGCAGCAACAGCCGGCCACAGCCAAACGCUCCGAGGAGGCGAGUGCCGUGCCCACGGCGGACAAGAAGUCGAGUCCGGAAAUUGUGCCCGCUUCCUUUAGCAACGCUCCGUCGGCCCGAAACAGCCCAGUUCCGGUCUCCAGCCAGCAGCAGGAGCAGCAGCAGGUGCCGUCCGGAGUCUACGCCCUGCCCUCCAACGAGGAGAUCCUGGCCGCCGUAGCGGCCGCCGCCCAGAACAGCCAACAGCAGUUGCAGGAGGAGCCCUCCGCCCUGGAGGAGGCGGUGGCCAGCUCCACGAUGCGCAAGCGGGGCAUCAAUUACGAGUACAAUCCGUACUCCGUCGCCUCCAGCGACUACGGCAGCGAUGUGCCCAGUGGCGUUUGGUCCGACGACUACGAGGCCGCCGUUCCUGUCAGCUAUGGCGAGCGGGAUCUCCAGGAGAUCGAUGACUACGUGCCAGAGCGAAGAGUGAGUAGCUCGAGUGCGCGAAACAAGGCCUACGACAAUUUGCAGAAUCUCCUGAACGCCGAGGCCUAUCUGGAGAGCAUUCCCCUCUCGGUGCCGCUGACCUAUGCCAAUCGGAACUACAACGUGGAUGAGCGCAACAAGCGGGGUAUCUACUACAACGUGGGCACUCCCGGCGGCAAUGGGGCGAGCAGCCUGGGCAGUGGAAGUGGCUACAACGACGAGGGUAUCAACCUCAACAAAUAUCGACGAUUCAACGACAUGCGACUUAAACGCGACACCCAGCUCAAUCCCGCCGACAUGCUGGCCCUGGUUGCCCUGGUGGAGGCCGGAGAACGGGCGCGCAAGGAGAGCGAUGCUGAGAGCUCCGGACCGGUGCCCAUGAUACCCUCCGAUGACCUGGACUACGCGCCCGCCGGCAGCUGGUUCGACGUGCCCGUACAGGCGGACUACUACGGCGCCGGAGUGCCGCUGGACAACCAGAACCAGGCGAUGCCCAAGUACGAGUACGUGCCGCGUCAGCACAAGUACAGCGGAGUCAAUAGCCCAGGAUUCGGCUCCUCGAAGCAGCGCUACAUGGUGGCCAAGAAGAAGCGCUCGGUGAACCAGAGCCAAUUCAUGAACGAACCGGUGGCGGAGCGCGGAUCCGGCUACAAUGGCGAGAAGUACUUCUAAGGAUCCCACGCGGAGAUAGUCUACGUAGUACUUAAUGAUAGCCACAGGCCCCACGAAGAGUAUUUCUCGUUUUUUUGAGCAUUGAACAUAUUGAACAUAAUCCAAGAAACCAAAAUCCAAAUUCAAUUUCUAAUUCAAUUAUGAUAAAGAGCUAGUGUCAAGGUCAACUCGUGUGCAAUUUUUGUGUAGAAUUUCACUUUCAAAAAACCCAAUGGCGAGAAUUAAACUAUUGUUGCAUGCAAUGUGGUGCGUCAGGAGCAUAAUCAAUCAGUGUCUAGGAUUUUGUCCCACGGAAUCCGCACCGAACUAAACCGAAUCUAUAUCUACGCCACCUAAUCCCUGUAAGAAAUCGGUGUCUAUGUACAACUACUGCAAUCUGAAAUCCAGCGGAACCGCAACUUGUAUCUGUAUCUACUUAUCGAACUAGAGGCUUCCCGACUAGUACAAAACGAGAGAAGAACGUCAACUAUGAAUAUGAUUAUAUAUAAAAAUAUGAAUACAUCUAUACAUGCAUAUAUCAAUCCUAAUCGAGCUCAGAAGCGACAAAAGCUCCACUAACCGCUUUAAUUUAAUCUAAACUUAUACUAACUAAAGCUAAAGCCAAAGCCAAGUAUUUUGAAUGCCAUCACAUUCCGAACUACACUUUUUAUGUAACCCCGCCGACUUGGGGACAAACGAUCUGACAAUUGAUGAGAAUUUUAAUCGUAUUUAGCGAGUAUCGCAGCUAAUAUGUUGGUAAAUUAUAUAUAUAUAUAUAUAAAUAUACGUAUACAAUAUGCAAACAAUUUGUGGAUAAAUUUGUUAAGAAAUGGCUCAGGGCAUAAAUAUUUUAAAUAUUCUAUGCCGACGACGAAGAGGCGUAUUUUUAAUUUGAAUAAAAUUGUCUGACUGUUUUCGGUAAUAAUCAAAUAUACAUACAUAUGUGUACUAUGAAUAUGGUAAAAUAAAUUAUAUUAUACAGACUAAAAUAAAAUAGCGUAUAUAUAUAUGUGUGUGUGUAUACAAUACAGAUUAUAUAUAACUAUAUAUAUGAACACUCAAGUAACCUUAAUAUUAUAUACUUUCCCUCUGAAUAUUUGGCCUUUGAUUUACGCCUUAAGUUCUUUGCGUGAACUUAGUUUGAAGAUACAUUUAUUUACAAUCAACUGAUUUACGAUUAAUAAAUACGUCUUUGGUUUGAAAACCAAUCAAAAUUGGAUG